AUUUUUUAAAGAAUUAUAUUGGCCAUCACUAAAAAACUUGGAUUAAAUUCUAAAAUAUGAGUAGUUUCAAAAUUCAAGUUCCUUAUAAAAAUAUGGAAAGAUGUCGAAUUAAAACUUCUCCGAAAUACACGAACACUCCCCUCUAUAAUAAUGGAAGAUAUGAAAACCAAAAAUCACAAAUUAACAAAAUAUUUAAAAGAGGAAUCAUUCAUAAUGCAAAUCCGAGUAACAUUGAUUUAACUGAAAAUAUUAACAAUGAACAUGUAAUUCAAAUUAAUGAUAACGUAAGCCGUAAGGUUCCCACAAAAAAUUUAAACCGGGAAAAAUUGAAUCAUAAUGUUAACAAUCAAUUCGAAGAAUUCACACAACUCAUAAAAUUAAAAGAAGAAAAUAUUAACCUGAAAGAAGAAUUAUUAACAUUAAAAUCACAAUUUACCAAAACAGAAUGUGAAUUAGAAAAAUACAAACGAAUUAGCAAAUCUAUUCAUAGUCGUGGUCAAGCACUUAACAAUUUGGUUCCAGUUUUAAAGAAACCUAUUCCAACUUAUCUUAGUAAAAAUGAGAUUGAUAAAGAUAUAACAUCCACAGAAUAUGCCGAAAAAGUCAAAAUAGAGAAAUUUGCGCCUUAUAUUGGAAAAUCAUUCCACAUGGAAUUGUUCCCCCGAAAGGUAUGUCACCCCAUGCUUAAGGAAUAUUUAAUUCAUCCUCUUUUGGCUAAAGCCGAGUGGAAUCAAAUGUACCGCACCGCAUCAUGCUAUUUAUCAACAAUUAGCGGAAAAUCAUCCACUCAUAUAACGAAUGUCGAAAAUUUACCUAGUAACCCAAACGAAACUCCAAAACUUGACAUAAACAAGCAGGCGUUAGUUAAAUUAGCUACUGAAAAAAAGUUUAUUGAAGCUGAAUCACUUCGAGCCGCCGUAAACCGUUUGAAAAGCCAAAUUGAAGUUAUGAAUAUACAAUUAGGCGAGGAUAAGACGACGGCUGAGGAAUUAUGGAUAAAAUUAAAUAUAGAAGAACAUCGUACGAUAGGAUUUAAAAUGGCUCUACACCUAACCAUGCAAAUCAAUUUGUUAUACGAAGUGUUAUUAAGCGUUAAAGAAUUUGGUAAUAAUGAUGGAACUAGAUUGGAUGGUAUUAAAUCAGAAUCCGCUUACAAUUCAUGUGAAAAUUGUUAUGAAGAUGAAUUAUCAUCGAAAAAUGAACCCGAAUAUUCAACUCCUUAUACAUCAAACGAAACAAAUUUGAGUAGAAAUUUAGCAGCAGAAGCCAAUAUAUUGGUUCUUUUAUCCUACCUUGAAAGACAAAUUAACCAUUUGGUUAAAAAUGAAGGGUUAAAACACCUUAAAUUUAUUUCUCAAAUUCUCUCUUUAUUUGAAAAAUCUAAGAUAGUACAAUCUAAAAAUAAUUUGGAAGAUAAAUAUUACGAUCAUCUCUCGCCAUCAAAUUCUUCAUAUACUUCAAAUAGUCUAACAUCCCAUGAUUCUAGUAGUGGGAUCAGUGUUUGUGAAUAUAAUUAUAAUAAUAUUAACUCUACUCAGAACUUCCAUUUUAAUAAAUUUCACUAUCAAUUGCUUAAAACAUUUAUAAACAUGCUACAAUUACGGAGAAAUGAUAUAACACAAAGUUUAAAAUAUAACUCUCAUUGCUCCGAUGAAUCAAUUAAUAAUAUCAUAGAGUCAUGCUAUAAGAAUUGUAUAUCUAAUAAUAAAGAUAAUAUCAAAUUUUAUGAUAAAACGGCACACAAUAGUGAUACUGAUUUAGAAUAUGAAAAGUUGAGAGAUAUCGAAAAAGCAUCCUUAAACGGCUUUAUAGACAAUUUGAUAUUAGAUAUGGAUUAUAAUAAUUAUACUCAAAACAUAGCAAAGUUAAAUGAAUCUACCAUUAUGGAAGAUAUUAAAAAUAACGAGAUUAAUUGUGAUUUACUUUUAGAAAAUGCAAUAAUUUUCCAAGAAAUUGCAUCUGUUAAAGAACAAUUAAGUUAUGUAAAAGAGGAAAAAUAUUAUGUCGAGAAAGAAAAAAAUUUGCUAGAUAUACGAUUGAUUAUUAAAAAUGAUAUGGAGAAAUCACUUAAAAGUCAUAUAAAUUCCUUAGAGUCCGAUAUUCGAGGAAUUCAAGAUGAUAUGAUGAAGGCAGAUAAUGGUACAAAAGGUGACGUUUUAAAACAUGCGCUUUCGAGAGAACAUAGACUUAGAAAUCAAAUCCAAAAUUUAUUGGUAUCUAUGGAGAAUAUAUCUAAGAAUUCAGAAAUUCGGUAUAAAGAUGCAAUGGAUAUAGUUAAAGACUUGAAAAGACUUAAUUGUGUGUUAAUGAAUACCAAUAAUCAAGCAAAAAAACAAUUACAAUCAAAUUCCAACAAAAAUAAAGGUGCACUAAAUAGCAUUUCGGAUGAAGAAAACGAGAAUGCUUAUCAAGUGAACACAGAUAAUUGCACAAAUAUAAAGAAAUUAAAUGAAAAGGAACAACCACAAGACUCAGAUGUCGAAAGCUGAUUGUUGGAAAUUAGGAAAACUAAACAAAUUCCAACCAUUGAGAAAAUAUUUGCAAUAUAUUAUAAAAUAUUCUAUUUAUUAUUUAUAAUAGUAUAUAAUAUUAACUAUUGUAUUAUAUGUCAAAAUAUUUUUUA